AUGAAAUGUGAGUUCAAUGGACUCAAGACAAAGAUUUUGAAUGAUCAACCUUGUGCAUUCUAUGUUCAUUGCUUUGCUCAUCAACUCCAAUUAGCUCUUGUUGUUGUAGCAAAGAAUAAUGUUGAUGUUAACACAUUCUUUCUAUUGGCUAAUAAUGUGGUAAAUAAUAUUGGAGCUUCAUGUAAGCGUCGUGAUGCACUUAGAGAGAUGAAACAAAAAGAACUUAUGAAAGCUCUUGAAAAUGAUUCUCUUAUGACGGGACGAGGCUUAAAUCAAGAAACUAGUCUCAAACGUGCCGGAGCUACAAGAUGGAAUUCACAUUAUGGUACUUUGAUUAGUUUGAUUACUAUGUUCUCAUCUGUGGUCAAUAUGCUUGAAAUGAUUGUUGAUGAUAAUACCAAUGAUAGUGUGGCAGAAGCAAAUAGGUUAUUGAAAGACAUACAAUCUUUGGAGUUUGUGUUUCUCUUAUUUUUUAUGAAAUCUAUAUUGAGAAUCACGAAUGAUUUAUCACAAGUAUUACAAAGGGAUGAUCAAGAAAUUAUGAAUGCAAUGGCUUUAGUCAACACAAGUAAAGUACAACUACUCUAUAUGAGGAAUGAUGAGGGGUUUGACCUUUUGGUUGACAAAGUAUUGUCAUUUUGUGUCCAACAUCAUAUUGAGGUUAUUAACAUGGAUGAGACAUAUGUAGCUCAUGGGAGGUUGCGCCGUAAUACCCACAAAAAGACCAACCGUCAUCGUUACAAAGUGGAGCUCUUUUCUGUUGUCAUUGAUUCCCAACUUACAGAGUUAAAUGAUCGCUUCAAUGAAACAAUUACCGAAUUGCUCAUUUGUUUGGCUAGUUUGAGUCCAAAUGAUUCUUUUGCAGCUUUUGACAAAGAAAAGCUACUUCGCCUUGCUCAAUUGUACCCUUAA